GGCUUUAGGUCUGCGCCCUGCCGGAAGUGUUCGCCUCGCUUUUAAAAGCAGGUUGACAAAGGCUAGCAGAGUUAGCUGUCACCGGUCCGGCAUCGCGCAGGGAUGGAGGUAACACGCCAAAAUUUUAAAGACAGUUUAAGCGCGGUCUACAGUGCGAUAGACGAGGCAGACUUCCUUGCCAUCGAUGGAGAAUUUUCAGGGAUAAGCGACGGUCCUAAUGUCAGCGCACUCACUAACGGGCUGGAUACACCUGAAGAGAGAUACACCAAACUCAAAAAGCAUUCAAUGGACUUCCUCUUGUUCCAGUUUGGAAUAUGUACAUUCACGUAUGACCAGACAAAAUCAAAGUAUGUCACAAAGCCUUUUAACUUUUAUAUAUUCCCAAAACCAUUUAGUAGGACAUCUCCUGAUAUAAAGUUCAUCUGUCAAAGCUCCAGUAUUGACUUUCUUGCCAGCCAGGGAUUUGACUUCAACAAGGUGUUCUGUCAUGGAAUCCCAUAUCUGAAUCAAGAUGAGGAAGCUCAGCUGAGAGAGCAGACAGAAGAGAGGAGAAAUCAACAUGCCAACGGACUAGGAACACCAUCCUUUAUAUCACCUUCUUCCUCCAAAGUCCCUGCACAUGUACCUGAGGAACACAAAGACUUCAUCAACAGGGUUGUAGAGAAAAUUGAGAGCCUCUUCAGUGGCAACAACAAGACUUUGGACCUGGAGCCAUGCACUGGGUUCCAAAGAAAACUGAUAUACCAGACCCUGAACUGGAAAUUUCCCAAAGGUCUUCAUGUUGAAACCUUGGAAACUGACAAGAAAGAGCGAUAUAUCCAGGUCAGUAAAGUUGAUGAUGAAGAGAGGAAAAGGCGGGAACAACAGAAACUGGAAAAGGAGCAGGAGGAGCUAAAUGACGCUGUAGGCUUCUCCAGGGUGAUCCAUGCCAUUUCUAAGUCUGGCAAACUUGUUGUGGGCCACAAUAUGCUCUUGGAUGUGAUGCACACAAUCCACCAGUUCUACUGCCCUCUGCCAGAGGAUCUUCAAGAUUUUAAAGAUGUUACAAUGUGUGUCUUCCCAAGAAUUCUAGAUACAAAGUUGAUGGCCUCCACUCAGCCGUUUAAGGAGCUGAUAAAUAAUACCUCUCUGGCAGAGCUGGAGAAACAACUGAAAGAGAGCCCUUUCAAAUCACCACAAUGUGAAACGACAGACGGGUUCCCCAGUUAUGACACUGCCCAGGAGCAGCUCCAUGAGGCGGGAUAUGAUGCUUACAUCACUGGCCUGUGUUUCGUAUCCAUGGCCAAUCAUCUGGGUUCUUUCUUGACACCACCCAAAGCUUACAUCUCUGCUCGCUCCAAACUAAUUGACCCUUUUUUUAACAAGCUCUUCCUGAUGAGGAUUAUAGAUAUACCCUACCUCAAUAUCACCGGACCAGAUUUGCAGCCUAAAAGAGACCAUGUCCUGUAUGUCACCUUCCCCAAAGAAUGGAAGACGAGUGACCUCUACCAGCUCUUUAGUGCCUUUGGGAACAUCCAGGUGUCAUGGAUAGACGACACAUCAGCGUUUGUGUCCCUAAGCCAAACGGAUCAGGUACAGAUCGCAAUGAACACCAGCCGUUAUGCCGAGAGCUACAAGAUCCAAACAUAUGCAGAAUAUAUUAAGAAUAAACGGCAGGAGAAGGAAAAACUUGGCCAGACAGUCAAAACCUGGGGUGAGGACGGCUGGGUGAAACCUCCCUACCCUUCCUCUACAACCUCUGCUGGGUUUGGAUAUCACAGGAUGAGGAAACGCAGCAUAAGUCCUGCUCAGGGAGAACAGGGAACUGAAGAGGCUUUAAUUGCAGAUGGUUGGAGUCAGUACUCGUAUCCAGAUGGCACAGGCAACAAGAAGAUGAAACUUGACGAUAUAAGUGGACAGGCGAAUGUUGACGCUGCCGAGAGCAAGACUUCAGAGGAAUGGCUGAAGACAAAUGAUGGAUCACAUUCAGCUGGGUUAAAUCCUGCACUCGAUGGCACAGAUCCAGGCACUGAUGCUGACGGGACAGUCACCUGGCGGCAAGCUGCAACUGGGAGGAAAAGUCAAAAGAACAAGAAAAAGAAGUCUGAAGCAACAGAAUCUACAACAUCAUUGUUUGAAGUCCCAGAAGUUUGGUAGCAAAAGAUGAACAGCUGUCCAGGAUACUGCUCCAGACUGGGUUCCUGCUCAGCAUCUCUUCCAAAGCACUUUGGGGCUCUUUUCCUUCAGGGUCUCGCAGCACAUGGAGUGCUGCAUGCCCCAAAUUCAUUUGUUCACUCACAGCUGUGAAUGCACUGUCCAAAGCUACCAGCCAAGCUACUUGACGAAAGAAAACAGAAGCCAUAACAGCUGCCAUAUUUUCAUCCAACACCAGAGGAGCAGGCACCUCUCUGGAGUAACGCACACAAGUACUCUCCAUAGAUCUAGAAAAUAUAAACUAAGAAUUUAUUGCUCACUCUUUUAUGUGUUCAGACGGGAAUCUGCCACCACAGCCAUGCAGUCACUUUGGAUUCAUUCAUAAAUUUUAAUGACUGUCACGUCUAAAUUAGUCUUACAUUUUGUGAGUGUGCGUUUGUGUGCAGGUUUGUGCAUGAGAGAGAUGUACUUUUCUCUAGUGUUUGUAUCCCGGAGUCAGUUUCAUAAAACUAGAUAAAAUGCCACUUGAUGGGUCCGUACAGUAAAAUGUCAGGUUUAUUUUUUAUUCAUUUUUGUCUUCUUUUUUUUUCCUUCCCAUUUUUAAGAAAGUUGUCAACUUCUCCAUUUUUAUCAGACGUGUUAGCUUAUCAAUGAUGUGAUUUAUUGUUGGUGGCAUUUUCUUGACUCUACAUGAGAGGUGCUUGUGUAUUUUUUUUUUUUGUACAGAACUGUUUUUCUUUACCUUUUUUGUGUUCAGUGUUUUGUAAUCAUGUCAACUUGCAACAAUGUCAGUAUAUUGUAAUACAAAAGGAGUAAAUGUUAAGAUGGAUACAUUUUGUAUGAGAAAGUUUAAAACAAUCCUUAAAUACUGGGGAGGGGAAAAAAUUAAAGUGUUUCUUAGCAA